UCACUUUCACCCAAGCGCAAAAAUAAUCUUACUUAGUCACCGGUUAAACAGCCAGAGAGACUACCACCUGACCAUAGUCAACGCAUAAAUUGGGGGAAAAAAAAGUUUGGAGAGCGUCAUGAAGGGCAUCACAUUGUUCUUAGUUGCUCUUGGCUGCCUAGUGGCUACUUCUAGUUCGGCGCAAUUGGCUCCCAUAAAAUCAGUACAACAAGCAGCCGCAGCACCUGCUGCACCCAAUUUUGCUUUGGAAUUAGUUGCAAUCAUCAGGAGUAUACCAAGGAAACAGAUUCAACAUCUUGUCCAGGCCUAUCUGCUCAACGAUGAAGAAUUCCAGGCUGUCGUUAGGGAUAUCAAUUCAAUGUCAGGAUAUCGUUUGCAGCAACAGGUAUUACGUCAACCGGAAUUGCGUCAAUUGUUCAUUUGGUUAAAUCAACAAUUGAUCUUGGCCGGCAGCUCAAUCAAAAUCUUUGAAGAUUUGGAAUUGGAAAUCAAAGUAUUCAACAAAUAUCCAUAUUGGUCACAGAUGGUGGGCGGUAUUAAUGGAUUUGAGAAUGAUUUCAAUUUUAUUUACCCACUGGAAGCGAUACGCUCACAGAUAGAGCAAAGCGCCCAAAGGAGUCCUCUAGUCGCUGAAUUAUGGCGUCGUGUUGUGGCUCUUAAGCCGCUCUAUGAACGUUUGUUAGCCACACCACAGGCCAAAGUACUUGUCAAUCAAUUGCAAAGUCGCGGUGUUAAUGUAUCUGCUGUCGAUUCGUUUAUACGUUAUCAAUUUGGCUGGUCAAAUGCCACAUUGCCCAGUUAUGAUUAUACUGAAUAUCUGAACUAUUAGAUAUUAAUGUACAAGAUCUCCUAAGAGAGUUAUUAAUACACGUAAUUAUUGUGCCUAACGAAAAUAUAUAUAUGUAUGGUAUUC